ACAUCACUCGUGUGUGUGCGUGUAUGCGUGUACUUUAUAUAAAAGUCUGCAGCAUCCCCGAGGUGGUGCAGUGCACAAAUGCUCGCUCAUUGUGUGCAGGACGAGGGGGACUUCUAAUGAAAACAUCCAUUUCACUUCCAUAAAAAAAAAAAAAACAACAACAAACAUCACCAUGAGCUCCUCCGUCUUCUGCCGUCGACCUUGGGGCGACUUCAGCGGUUCGCACUUGAAAUCAUCCCCUUCCCGCUCCUCACCUGCAUCUCCCGAGUCCCGCAGGAGGCUCCCGGAGGAGUCAUCCUCCCCGGCCCGGGCCGGCGUCCUCGGCUCGCGGUUGCGGGAGAAGGAGCAGCUGGUGGACCUCAACGACCGCUUCGCAGGUUACACCGAGAAGGUCCGACUCCUGGAGCUCCACCACCGGGCGCUGCUGGCUGAGCUGGAGGCGCUGCGAGGGCGAAGGAGCAACCCGUCCCGCCUGCGGGGGGUUUACGAGGAGGCGGCGCGCAGUUUGAGGGCCGAGAUGGAGUCGGAGAGCCGAGAGAAAAUGCGGAUGGAGGCGGAGCGGGACUACCUGAAGGAGGUUCAUGGGAGGGUGAGGGAACGCUGCGAGGAGGAGGCGCGGCGGCGGGAGCGGGCCCAGGAGGCGCUGAUGCGGGCCCGGCAGGAGGCGGGACGGGCGGCGCUCUCCUACCUUGACACCCAAACCAACGUGGCGUCCCUUUGCGACGAGAUGGUCUUCCUCAAGAAGGUGUUUGCGGAGGAGAACGUGGAACUGCAGGCCCAGCUGGAGGUGGCCAACAUCGGCGUGGAGGAGGUAUCAGGGGCAGCGGCAGCGGCGAUGCGGCCCCACCUGGGGGAGGCGCUGCGGGACGUCCGGGUGCAGUACGAGCGACUGGCCGGCGAGAACAUGCGAGCCGCGGAGGAUUGGUACAAGAGCAAGUGCGGCGCGGCGGCGGACGCGGCCGGCAGGGACCGCCAGGCGGCGCGCGCCAUUCGGGAGGAGACCGCCGAGUACCGCAGGAUGCUCCUGGCCCGAUCCUCCGACAUCGAGGCUCUCAGGAACGUCGUCGAGGCGCUCAACGGGCAGCUGGCGGAGCUGGAGGAGACGCAGGCCAAAGAGGUGGACAAGUACCAGACGAGGAUCAGCCAACUGCUGCGAGACAUUGACGACGCCAAGCAGGAGAUGGCGCUCUACAUGAGAGCGUACCGAGACUUGCUCAAUGUCAAGAUGGCGCUAGACAUCGAAAUCGCCGCGUACAGGGGACUUCUGGAAAGCGAAGAGUUGCGGCUGUCGGAUCCCUACUUUCCCACCGUACACUGAACACCCAAACACAACAUGACAACAUUCCCGCCAUGUUUACAAACCGUCACCAAAACGUCAUCCGCAUCACGACAGACGCGCCCUUGCGCCAAAAAGCAAGCGAGAGGUCAACAUCAAGUCCCCCUUCUUCUCCACACAUUUUGACGUAGAGAAAAAAAAACCCGGCUGCACUGCAUGAAGCAUCAUUAUUGUUAAAGUCCAAGCAAUUAGCUUUGUACAAACACUUGAGCAGGUGUUUGGAACGGGGCAGAAAUACUGCUUGCACUUUAAUAACUGCCUAGUAGUAGUUGAGCCAGUGACCUUAAACCAUUUCUUUACAUCUUCUUUUGCAUUUACGCCCACGUUAACAUCAAUGGGGGGGAAUGUAAAUGCAGAGGAAGCCUAAUCGUCGCUGGUGUCUUCGAUUUAUGAUAGUCUUUAUUGUUUAGCCGGGAAUUCAUGCUCAGCUACGGUCAAACAUGAAACGGAAUGAAAACUAACUGUAACCGCGAGCGAAAAGUUCAAUAAAGAAAUAAGAGCUGA